UGAAUUAAAAAAAAAAUUCUGACGCGCAAUAGUUUAUUCAUUGACAAACGUAACCUAUCAAAAAUUUAUAAAUAUUUUGAUAGUUCGUUUAUUAAUAAUUAUAUAUAAAUUCCUAUAUUCCUAUUGUUGUUAUUUUAUUUCUAACAAUAUGAGUAAUAAAAAAGAAAAGGAGGAAGAAAAGCCAAUAGUUGCUAAAACAGCAGUGGAUUUGCAAAGAUUAAAAUUAAUGAAGUUAAUGAAAAAUCCAGACAAACCUAUUGUAUUACCAGAACGACCUAAACCUAAAAAUACACCAACAGUACCAGAAUUUGUUCGGAAUGUAAUGGGUAGUAGUGCUGGUGCUGGUAGCGGAGAAUUUCAUGUAUACAGACAUUUGCGUCGUAAAGAAUAUGCAAGACAAAAAUUUAUUCAAGAGAAAGGUCAUAAGGAACUUUUGGACGCUCAAUAUCAUGAAAAGUUAGAGCAAAAUAGAAAAUUGGCAGAGGAAGCAACUGCAAAAAAACGGGCCAAAAGAUUAAAAAGGAAACAAAAGAUGAGAGGGAAGAAAAAAAUGAAAAGUACAAAUGUUGAAAACAACAAUAAGGAAAAUAGUGAUAAUAUACAUAGCGAGACAGAGGACAGUGAUUCGGCAGAAAAAACUAAUGAUACUAAUGAAGUACGGUCUGAUAUUAAUUGCGAUGAAGUGACUAUUAAAAGUAAAAUUCAUUUAGAGACAGAACAAUUAAAAGAAGUGGAAAAAAAUAAAGAUGAGUCCGAAGUUACAUGUAAGGAUACUAUAAAUGAUACUACUUCUACAGAAGUAAAACAAGAUCAAGAAAAUAAUACAAUAUUAAAUGAAUCUGUGAAAAAAGAGACAAAGGAAGAUAAAUAAGAUGAAUAUAUAUAUAUAUAUUAUGUAUUUAAAUUAUAUAAUAUAUAUAUAUGAAACAAAGUGAAACGUAAUAAGAAAGAAAAAGCAUACUCUAAAUGUAGAAUCUUCUUAUUUCCAAGAAAUUAUUACCAAACGUCA